ACAUAAGAAAACAUAAGUUUCAUAUCUCAAAAACGCCAGAGAGAUUGAGGCACCCAGAUAGACAUGGCCCUUUAGCCGUACGUCAAACUGUAGAUAACUACCAGUCGGUGGACGUCAUCUGGUGGAACGAGGCGAGACAACCUGCUGCCGUUGGCCUGGAGCUUUUACAAUAGGACUACAUACCCACAAGUCAGUCAUGGCGGUCAAUAUAAGCAUUGAAGAAUUCAAUAUUACAGCAUGGAUUGUAAACCGUAACAUCUCCUCCAACAUCACAGGCGCCAUGGAGGACCCCAUGAUCGGUAUGGCUUCCAGUACUGAAUCAGUGGCCGGUGUUCUGCUGGGAGUCUCUAUAAUAGCAGCUUUCGUGAUAAUACUGCUAAUUUCUGUAGUGAUUCUUCGCUUCAUGGCCCAUCAGAAAGGUACAUAUUACACCCACGAGGAGGCCUUAGCUUUUAAGAGCGACCCUGAGAUGCUUGAGGUCACAGAAGAUCCAGAAGAUCCGGAAGAGCCAGAAGAUCCAGAAGAUCCGGAAGAGCCAGAAGAUCCAGAAGAUCCGGAAGAGCCAGAAGAUUCAGAAGAAGAGGAGCCUUAGUAUAUCCUGGCGGGAAGCCUUUUGGGACGUUUCCUGUGUGAAAUGUAUCACUGGGAGCGACAGAAGGAUCUGUCGUGGUUCCUCUUCCUUUUCACUCUCCAAUCACAUAUGCCUUUUCCAACAGAUGUCCUUUUUCUGACGGCUUCACACUCAACCACUCUAAAACUAAAAUAGAUUUCCAUGUGGAGAAGCACUUGUGUGCUAAUUAUUAUACUUUGUGUGUUACACAGUACUUAAGUUAUAUUAAAAUGUGAGUUUUUUUUAUACUGUGAACUUUUAACCUUAUGAAUUAACAUGUCUUCAUGUCGAUUCUAUUUCAUUAACAUACAGUGAAGUUCAUAAAUUAUGUAAUUUACGCCAACUUUAGUAAGUGGUUGACACGUGUCUCUUUGUAGAAACUCCUUCGCGAAGAUUAAGACACCCAGAAUUGACAGCAUGAAUCAAACUCCACGUGACUCAUUAUCCAGGCAGUUUGUCAACAUGCAUGCCAGUUGUUUUAUAACAUCUGUAGUAACUCAAAAAAAAAAUAUUCACAGGUGGAAUAAGAGUUAAACAGCCUUCGGCAACUGUCCACAUUUCACUCAAUGAAAAUUCUGUCAUUUUUACUCACCCUCAUGUCAUUCAAAACCCUCUUUUUUUCUGUGGAACACAACAUUAGAUGUUAAACAAAUUUUGUUCUUUCUGCUUGGUUCCAUAUAACAUGUAUAAGUUCCAAAAAUGACAAUAAAAAAAAAACAUGAGAGUAAAUGGAGAGUUUAUUUGCAAAAACCAAUAAACGCCACAUUCAAAAAAUGCUGUGCUUUAUUCUCCACAUGUACCGCGGUCUGAACCUCUUAAAACACGUUUUGUAAAAAAGCCGGUAUGGACCUUUCUCACAUUUCCGGGUUUCUCAAAGCGGAAACGACUUCAUAGUUGGGUAAAACCCGAGAGCAGUGAAUGGGAGAGUACCACAAAAGGAGUUAUCGGUUUUUGCAAAUGAACUCUUCAAAUAAUGACAUACAUAUAAUCUACUGUUCAAAAAUUUGGGAUUUGUAAAUAUUAACAUUAAACUGAACAAAAGUGACAGUAAAGACAUUUUGUAAUGCUGUUGAAUUUCCAAUUCUUCAAAGAUUCUUCAGAAAAGGUGUCACAGUUUCCAAAAAACUAUUAAACAUCACAGCUGUUUAUGACACUGAUAAUAAGAAAUGUUUCUUGAGCAGCAAUUUAGCAUAUUAGAAUGAUUUCUGAAGAAUCAUGUGACGCUGAAGACUGGAGUAAUGAUGUUGAAAAUUCAGCUUUGAAUCACAGGAAUAAAUUACAUUUUAAAAUAUAUUCAAAUAGAAAACUGUGAUUUAAAAACACAUAAAAAUCUUACAAAUCUCAAACUUUUGAACUAGUGUGUGUAUAAUAUACACGUAAAUAAUAUUUUGGUUGAGUAUACACUAUAUCACUCAAACGUUUGGGGUCAGUAAGAUUUGUAAUGUCUCUUACGCUCAUCAAGGCUGCGUUUAUUUGAUAAAAAAAAAAAAAAAAAAGUAAUAUUGUGAAAUAUUAUUACGAUGUAAAACAACAUUCUUCUAUUUUAAUAUACAUUAAAAAUCUAAUUUAUUUCUGUGAUCAAAGCUGAAUUUUUCAGCUUCAUAACUCCAGUCUUCAGUGUCACAUGAUCUUUCAGAAAUCAUUCUGAUAUACUGAUUUAUUAUCAGUGCUGAAAACAUUGUGUUGCUUAAUAUUUUUUGGAACCUGUGAUGAAUAAAAAGUUAAAAAGAACAGCAUUUAUUUAAAAUAGAAAUAUUUUCUAACAAUACACACUACUCUUCAAAAGUUUGGUAAAUACUCAAAUGUUUUAUUCUUUCUUUUUUAAAAAAGAAAUGAAUACUUUUAUUCACAAAGGAUGUGUUAAAUGAAUAAAAAGUGAUAGAUUUACAUUGUUAGAAAAGAUUUAUAUUUUAAAUAAAUGCUGUUUUGUAAACUUGUUAUUCAUCAAAGAAUUUUGAAAAAAAAGAAUCUCGGGUUCCAAAACAAUAUUUGGAAGCAUAACUGUUUCCUGUUUCCAAUUAUAAUUCUAAUAAUAAAUCAGCAUAUUAGAAUGAUUUCUGAAGGAUCAUGUGACGCUUAAGACUGGAGUAACAGGUGAUGAAAAUUCAGCUUUGCAUCACAGGAAUAAAUUAUGUUUUAAAGUAUAUUACAAUAAAAACCAUUAUUUUAUGUUGUAAAAACAUUUUGCAGUAUUAUUGUUUUUUUCUGUAUUUUUGAUCAAAUAAAUGCAGUCUUGAUGAGCAUAAGAGACUUUUUCAGGUCUUAUUGAUCCCAAACCUUUGAGUGGUAGUGUAUUUUUCAGUGGGUUUGAUUUUUUUUUUUUUUUUUUUUUUUUUUAAUUGACUUUUUAAUGAUAUGAACCAAAGAACAGCUUUUUAUGUUAUUACUGUGGUUUGUUUUUCAUCUAUUUAAUUUUUAAAUGAAUCCUUAAAUAAUUUGCAUGUGAAAAGACAUAAGUAGAUGCCUAUUAACAUUCUUGUAAUAUUUAUUUUAGUAACCCUUGAUAGAUCACGCCGCUGAUGCCAGUGAGAUUAAAAUAAAGCUAAAAACAGAAACCAUGCUAUCUUUUAUUUAUGUCAUAUAGUUGUGUUCGAACGUACACAUAGCGCUCAUUGUAUAGGCUCAUCUAAAUCUACAGAAAUAUAGAAGUUCCAAGUAAAUAAAACCAAGAUUUGCUUCAUUUUAAAUCCAGCUUGAUAUUUAUACAAUCUGAAACACCUAGCUGAGCCUGCAAUAUUUGUUUGCUGACCUGAAUGUCAUAUGGAUACAGUAAUAUUCUGCUAGAGCUCUAAAAAUACACAUUUAAGAGACUCUAAUGCUAAAGUAAACAGUGCGUGACGGUCCACACAGAAAACAAGAGGCAAACAAACAAAGACUGCGGUUUAAGAGUUUCAAAAAUAGCCGACUAGGCAAAUCAAAAGCCACAUCUCUGAAUCCGAGAAACAAACCAAACAUCUCGAACGCACAGCUCUCUCUUUGUCUACAGCAAUUUGUGGAAACUGGUACAUCUCGCUAUACGACGGAAGCCAGUGACCUGAUUAGGGCUGGAUGAAAACAGUUUCUAAUUAGCGGUGAACAGCGUCACCCCCUCGGAGAGUUGAGCUGAAAUAAAGUGUCAACAACAGCAGGAAACUUUCAAAGAAAAACUCCAAUAUAGCAUACGCGCUAGGGGAAUUAGCCCGUAGCCGAGCUCGAAACUAUUAUACGACCAUGCGAAAUACAAUUUAGCAGGGAGGAGCUCAAACAAAGAGCGGAUGGGCAAAUACAUCAAAAGAAAGGGUUAUUUCUGAGCUAUUUACUCAGCGCCGAGGCUCUCCGGAGAUGCCACGACGUACGCCGUUCAGACCACCAGUAAACCCAAUGCCAAAAACGACGUCUAAUCAUGCCAACUCAUGUUUGAUCCAGCCGAGGUGGUGUGAUGUCUCAAAAACAUGUCAGAAAUGUAAUAGCUUCGGACGAUGCGAAAAUGAACUUUUCCGAGGUGUUAGCGACCGAUUUGUUUAUUUGUAUUAAGUAGGUUAAUGAUAUCCCCAAAAAGUAAUUUCCACCAAUUUUCUGCUGCGGACAUGCAGCAAAUGAACCCAAACGAAGCCUUUUUUUCCCCCACACAAUAGGGCCGGUUUGAUCCAGCUUUGUUUGGACGUGGAUCACCAUCAAAAGCGUCAAUUCGCAUUGAUUUCUCAUCUCAGCGGAAGCCAUUACAGGGAAUAAAAACGACAGAUAUGACAGAGCGAGUUUCAGCCCUCUUUAGAGAGGUCGACCUUCGUUGGGGAGGGGGGUCUGAAUCAAGGCCAUCAUCUCUCAAAUAUCAUGUAAAUGUAGCAGGAUAAGACUGGGAGACGCAUAAUGCCGCACAUCAAUAGCUGCGUAGGGAACAAAAGAAGUCUACUUAUUUCGCUGCCUUCAAGUCAUUUGUCAUAAGAUUAAAGGACUAGUUCACAUAAAUAUGAAAAUUGUGUCAUUCACUCACCCUUGUGUUGUUCUUUUUUCAGCUGAAUGCAGAGGGAAAUGUUUUUUUGCGCAGUAUUUGCACUUGGUUGUUCAUAGUAACAUGUUUACCAAGGUCCAGAGUGUUCCUGAGACUUGUGUGCUAUAUUCAACAUCUUCUAAAGCUAUAUGAUAGCUUUGUGUAAGAGAAACAGCUAGUUUUUAGCAAUUUUGAGGUACUAUGUUUUCAGAAAGACCUUAAACAGGUUUGGAACGGCAUGAGGGUGAGUAAAUGAUGAUAGAUUUCAGAUUUUCAGAACUUUAUGCUGAGAUAAAAGGAGAGGUUCACUUCCAGGACAAAAAUUCCCCCGUGUCAUCCAAGAUGUUCAUGUCUGCUGCAAAGAAAUUAUGUUUUUUGAGAAAAACAUUUCAGGAUUUUUUUCUUUCUUUGCACGUUCACUUUCUAAAAACACUGGGUCGGUGCUUCUGCUUACAUCACGUGUGACCUUUCCAAAGUGAUUAUGCAAUAGGUGAAGUCAAGACAAGCAUUUGUGGUUAAAAAGUAAAUUAAUUUGUAUCUGUUUUUUUUUUUUUUUUUUUAAUAAAAUGGCUAGAUAAGACCCUUAUUCCUCAGAUGGGAUUGUAUAGAGCCCUUUGAAGCUACACUGAAACUCAAAUUUGGACCUUCGUACAGUUAAAUGUCCUGGAAUGUUUUCAUCAAAAAACGUAAUUUCUUUGCGACUGAAAAAAAGAAAGACAUGGACAUCUUGGAUGACAUGGCGGUGGAAUAUCAGGAAAUUGUUAUUCUGGAAGUGAGUGUUUCCUUUAAAAACCUGGAUACAACACGUUGUGUAGCAUUUCUUUGUUUACAGUGCUAGGUGGUGUUUGGCCAAAGCAGCACAAAGAAUUUACUAGGGCUGCCCUCUAAUAGUUGACUAACCAUUAGACAACGAGAAGAGGCUUGGUCAACCAAAAUUUUAUUAGUCAAGGAAAAAUGUUCCACAGUGGCGAAGUCACGCAGUCCAUGACGGACAGAUCCUAAUGGCUGGUCUAUGCAGUAAUAUAGUACAUUUAAACACAAGGGUUGCCAGGUUUUCACAACAAAACCCUCCCAAUUGCUACUCAAAACUAACUCGAAUGCGUUUCGAGGGGGUCCCCUGUUAUAAAAAGGCAUUCCGGGGGAUAAAAUACACUUUUUUUGUUUCCCUGCUAAAUUCGUAUUUUAGAAACAAAAUAUGACAUUAUUGGGGUCGCUCCAAACUGCGGACAUCAAAAACAACCUGCAGCAACAGUGUUAAAGUACGGAAAAAACGCAAACUUGGCUACACUCCAAAACACUAUCAUUCAUCGACCUGGCUUUUCAUCUAAAAUAUGUAAGUAGUAGCAACUUUACAUGGCCACUCAAUCUAGAAAAAUGUGCGCUAUUCAAGUGUCUGUGCAGAGUGUGGCAGCUAAACAGUAGCACGCUCACUGCACUUAAAAUACUCCGUCAUUUUUGCUCAUACAGAAAAGAGUAAUACAUCAUUUUGAAUCUGUAAACACUCUACGUUUACUUGUGUGCACUUAGAAUAAUAACAAAACAUUGCACUUUUGUAAAAUAAUGAAAGUAAACAGGAUGCUCUUUCUGCCGUCUCGGUCUCUGUGAACUUAAUCAUGAAACUUCGUAUAUGUAUAAUUGCAUUACGAACAUGAAAAAUAUAUCUAUGGAGAGUGAAAUGUCUACUUUUAAAUGAUUCAAUUGAAAUAGAAAACAGAUAUUCUCAGAUUAUGUAAUCUGUAUGAAACAUUCAUACAGGCAAAUCAGUACUGCGGAGAUGACAAGUCAGUGUCGCCGACUUCAUCUCUUGGGGUGAAAACAAAGAAAGCACUAGUUUAUGAAUAAAUUAUUAAAACAUUAGUGCAGUCUCCUUGCUGUUUUUCCCUUACACAUUCAUAAUUAUUAUAUCUGCUGGUGCACUGUGGUUUUUGCAUGCACUUGAGCGCUUAUUAGGCUAUGUACGCAAUUAAAGACUCAUUAUUAAUUAUGAUUUAUAUGGUUUAUUAAUGAAAUGUGACUAAUAGUCGACAGAUGCUUAAAAUGAAUGACUACUAGUCGUCAGAACUUUAGUCAAGGGCAGCCCUACAAUUUACCCUUAUGUUGUUGUGUUUUUCAGUGAAAUGCAAAAGAGAUUUUUUGGCACAUAAUUUGUGAUUCCUUACGUUAUCUGUCCAAAUAUAUAAUUCCAAAUCAUCGUAAAAGUUGUUGCUGAGACUUGCUAGGUGUUGUUUGGCUAGACUAGCGCAAUGAAUUCCCUCAUUAGCAUCUGCAAAUAUGUUUAAAUUUUCAUUCUACUGAGAGAGAAACUUUAGUUUAUUCAUCAGAACAUCUGGAUGUUCAGGCUGUUGAUAAGGGUAAAGGUUUUUAGCCUUAAAUAAUGUGUUAAUGUGAUUUAGCAAAGCAGCUUAGCAUGGAUUUGAGUCUUUUCUAUUUUCAUGAUGCCAGAGUUGCGUGUGCGCGUGUGUGUUCAUAAGUCCAGAGGGCAGCUGUUAGUGGCAUGAAUUUAAUCCAAUUUCUCCAUCUCCAGUGCUGUGGAGCCAGCCAUAAUUCACCCCAAAACGGUCUCUUCCUGUCAUGGGAGUUCAUGCUAAUGAGAAAUUAGGACAGGUUGGGUGUGUGUAAAAAUGUGUUAAUUCCAUCAUUGUUUAAAUAUUUGAUCGAUUGCCAUUCGUAUUCCCAUGCUCUAGAAUUUGCGCCGUCCUCAGUCCCACUUCAGGGUCAAGGGGGCCAUAUAUCCUCUUCUAAAUGGGAUAGCCAGAAUUAGCGAUAAAGCAUUAGCAUAGGCCACCAUGGAAACUUCUUAGCUGCUUUGUGAAAAUGAUGCUAUUUCCAGACUCUCUCCAACUAGGAGCAUGUUUGUGUAACUCCUGGUCACAUUUCCAGAACAGUAUGAGGAGUUUGAUUCAAAAUCACUGGCUAGAAAUGAAAAGGUGCCUUGGCUAGAAUGUAUCUAGGUCAUAUUCAAAAUGUGAAUUAAUUUUGUACAUGAAUAUAAAAUUAUUUAUGGUAAUUUAAUAAUGAAAUCAUGGAACAGUAUCAUGCAAUAAAAUGUCUUAAACGGC